CGGCGGCGCGACUGCGGCGCGCGCGGGGCUGGGCGCGGACGGGGCGCGGCCGGGCGGCGCCGGUGAGGUCUGAGGCUGAGGCAGAGGCGGCGGUGGCUCAGCAGAGCAGCGGCCCCGGGUAGCCGUGUCGUUGUGUCCGACCUCCCUCCGUCUCCUCGCAAGGUUCUUCGACGCGGUUUGGGGUCUAGCGGACACAGCCCCUGGCCAUGGACUCCCAGAAAGAAGCUCUACAAAGGAUCAUUUCAACUCUGGCAAAUAAAAAUGAUGAAAUUCAGAACUUUAUUGAUAUACUAAAUCAAACACUAAAAGGAGUUCAGGAAAAUUCUUCUAACAUACUUUCAGAGUUAGAUGAAGAAUUUGAUAGUUUAUACUCCAUAUUGGAUGAGGUAAAAGAAAGUAUGAUUAACAGUAUCAAGCAGGAACAAGCUCGUAAAUCACAGGAGUUACAGAGUCAGCUUAGUCAAUGUAAUAAUGCCCUGGAGAACUCGGAAGAACUACUAGAAUUUGCAACAAGGUCAUUAGAUAUAAAGGAACCUGAAGAAUUUUCAAAGGCUGCCAGACAGAUCAAGGAUAGAGUGACAAUGGCUUCAGCUUUUCGCCUUUCUUUGAAACCAAAGGUCAGUGACAGCAUGACUCACUUAAUGGUGGAUUUUUCUCAGGAAAGACAGAUAUUGCAAACUUUGAAGUUUUUGCCAGUCCCCAAAGCUCCAGAGAUAGAUCCAGUAGAGUGUUUGGUGGCUGACAAUUCUGUAACAGUAGCUUGGAGGAUGCCAGAAGAAGAUAAUAAGAUUGAUCAUUUUAUACUGGAAUAUAGGAAAACUAAUUUUGAUGGACUUCCACGUGUAAAGGAUGAGCGAUGCUGGGAGAUAAUUGAUAAUAUUAAGGGUACUGAAUAUACACUAUCAGGCCUAAAGUUUGAUUCAAAGUAUAUGAACUUCAGAGUGCGGGCUUGUAACAGGGCUGUGGCUGGAGAGUAUUCUGAUCCAGUGACUCUAGAGACCAAAGCACUUAACUUCAGUUUGGAUAACUCAUCCUCCCAUUUGAACCUGAGAGUUGAAGAUACCUGUGUAGAGUGGGAUCCUACUGGAGGAAAAGGUCAAGAAAGCAAAAUUAAAGGAAAAGAGAACAAGGGCAGUGCCCAUGUUACUUCACUGAAGAAACAUACAAGAAGUGGUACACCAUCCCCUAAACGGACAUCCAUAGGCUCCAGGCCACCAGCAGUAAGAGGCAGCAGAGAUCGUUUUACUGGGGAAUCAUAUACAGUGCUGGGAGACACUGCUAUUGAAAGUGGACAACAUUACUGGGAGGUCAAGGCCCAGAAGGAUUGUAAAUCCUACAGCGUGGGAGUAGCAUACAAGACUUUGGGGAAAUUUGACCAAUUAGGAAAGACAAACACUAGUUGGUGUAUCCAUGUCAACAACUGGCUACAAAACACAUUUGCAGCAAAGCAUAAUAAUAAAGUCAAAGCCUUGGAUGUUACAGUUCCUGAAAGAAUAGGUGUAUUUUGUGAUUUUGAUGGGGGUCAACUUUCUUUCUAUGAUGCAAACUCAAAACAGUUGUUGUAUUCCUUUAAGACAAAAUUUACUCAGCCAGUACUACCUGGUUUCAUGGUUUGGUGUGGUGGACUUUCUUUGAAUACUGGGAUGCAGGUUCCAAGUGCUGUGAGAACACUUCAGAAAAGUGAAAAUGGAAUGACUGGUUCGGCUAGCAGCCUAAACAAUAUUACUCAGUAAUGCCUAUUCAGAAUAUGUUUACCUUCCCUCACCCCUUCUUGAAUGGGUGGCCUUUUCUGUGCAGUUACUAAUCACAGAAAUUUUUGAGUGGUAGAAAUCAGGUUUGCUACAUUCUGCUUUAAGGUGUGGAAUCUGUUAGCAUCAAGCAUCUAGUAUGAAGCAUUCACAGGAACCUGCUGAGCAAUAUCAGGGAAGCAAGCAGACAUCGAGCAAGAAACUGAUGUUUUGAAGAGUAAAUGGGAGAAAAAGGCAGUGUUUAAGUAGUUACAUAGAAACUCAUUUUUGUGUUUCUUGGAUUACUUUGGUUCUUCUAAUACGUUUAGUUACAUAUGGUAGCCCUAGGACCUGAGGGAAAAGCAUUUAAAUCUUCUUUCCUCUGUACUUUCUCUUUUUUAAUGUCAUCACUACCUGUUAUUUAGUUCUUACACUGAAGCUUGAAAACUAUACAGUCCUCUGUGGUUUUCUAAAAAUGGAAAUAAUUGUUUGGGGGUGCUAGAAAGGUUUUCUUAACAAUAGUUUAUUUUUCCCCUUUUAUAAACAAGCUGAGGUUUGCUAAAUUAUCCUCUUUUGUUUGACUGGAUUGAAUAUCAUUUUCUCUUUUCCAAAUAUUGUGAUAUUUCUCUUAUGGUUAUAACUCAAAAAAGAAAGUGGAUAGGAAGUUUCUAGACAAAAUAGCUUAAAAUCACCCAGAUUUCAGUUUUUUACCUGCUGCAAAGGGAUAUUCUUUAUAUGUUACCCUGUUUAAUCAGACUUUUCUUUCCAUCGUUUUGGAUGAUGGGUAAGAUUUUUUAAUGCUUUAUAUUUUCUGAUUUUUUGUCUAGUUUAAUACUACCUUUAGUAGUUACCAUUGGUAAAUUCCCACUUGAAUUUGGUAAUAACUGAUUUUUAACAUUUCUAGGAAGAUGAAAGUUUAUUAAAGCUGUAUAGUAAGUAGAGAAAGCUACCUAUUCAAGUUUUAUCUACGAGGAAUAGGUUAUAAAGGGAGGUGCCUAAAACUAUUCUUUACUGAAGUCAUUUAAUCUGCUUUUUAAUAAGAUGGAAUGGUUUAAACUGUUUUGAAAAACUACAAAUCUCGGACUUAUUUGGCACAUGAGUUUUUCAGAUAUAACUAUUCAGAGGUGGUUUUUCUCUCAAUCUUUUUGCUACAUGCAUUUGCUUUCUAAAGGGUUGUAAUUCUUCCAAAAAUCAACAUAGAGUAAUCUUUACCAAACUUAGGGAAAAUGUGUUAAACAAUGAGUAACACCCACGGUUAUUGAGAAGAGUAUUUAUAUUUUUAAAGUUGAUUAAAAUUUGUAACAAGUCCUUUGAGCCAAACUGAAAGUUGUAAUUACAGUAUUUAAGAAUCCAUUGAGCAUUUUAAAGAGGUCUGGAUUUGUAUAUUCCUUAAUUUUUGAAACUUUUACUUUCUCAUGUUGACUUUCUUUCGUUCACGUUUUAAGUAUAUUGUGUUAUGACAACCUCCCUAGAAGUGACCAUUGCUGCUUAUUACAUUUGAAUUGCUUUCUACAGAAAGCCCUGUGGAGUAGGAACAGCUCAUUCUCUCUUAAAGUUUACUGAUAGGAUGUUUUGUUCAUUGUAAAACAAAUCUAAAUAAGGAAUUUCAUUUGAACUGGGUAUUAUUUUUUCAGAGGACAUUCAUAUCUAUACCAUUGUCUGAUGACAUAUUUUAAAGACUAUAAUGAAGUUUAGAGAAUGACAUUGUCAGUAGAUAUUCUUUUGAUUCUCCAAAUAAAUAUAAUUUUGGUUUUUGUUUCUCCUAGAGAUUUUGAAAGAAAUUUUUGGAUGGUCCUACAGCAGGGUCAUUCUAGGACCUAAGGAAACAGGAAGUUAUAAUUCUUUUUCAUAGAGUUAAACCUGAAAACAGUAAGUUAGUGGUGGAGCUUUAUGUGAACUGCUUUCUGUGAACAGUUAUGUAUAUUUUAACAAAAUGACACAGAAAAAGCCAGAAGUUCUUGUAUUAAAAACUUUCACUGUUAUGUCUAUGUAGUUGUAUCCUCUCUUUAAUUUUAAGUGCCUUCUUCCUCUAAGCAUGCUCUUGCUCCAUUCCCCAUGCAGUGUCAACUGAUAUUUAAACCAGAGGCCAUUAUGUUAUACUGGUAAGGGGCUUCUGUUGCAGGGGCAUGAGGAAAAGGAAAUAUUAAUCAGGGGCUGGAGGAGUGCAUAUUAUUCUUCCUGUGCGCAUGUCAUCAUUUGAAACCCUUCAUAUAAAGUUUUCUAAUAUUCAUGUGGAAAAUUCAUUUGAAGUAAUACUAUUAUACCUCAGAAUAAGAAUCUGAGGUUUUCCUUUUACUGUGCUUCUUCUUAAAAGUCUCUAAAAAAAAAGAACAAAAUGUGUGUGAGGUUUUAGCUUAGUUGAUUUACGUUUAUUUGUGUCAAGUUAAACUGGAGGAAGUUUGCCACCCUUAUUUUCAAACUAGAAAAUAGUCUAACUGUAGUGCCUAUUUACAUAGUCUCAAAUUAAGGUAACUAUUAACUUGACACACAGUAUAUAACAUUCUCUUUGACAUUUGAAUUAAAAAAUAUUGAGAUUUUUUGCGCUCAAUUGAAGACAUUAUGGAAAGUUGGUAUACCUUUUCAAAUAUUCUUUAUUGUUUUUUUUUUUUACUCUUCGUUUUGACAGGUCAAACAUGAUUGAUUUCUGUAAAAUAAAUGCAUGAGAGGUUGACGGUAAUGUAUGUUAUCACAGGUGUAAAAAAAAUUAUGUUUUAUAAAAACAUACAUUUAGUAUUGCCUUUCUCUUUUAGCAGUUGAAUCCCAAAGCAGUUUUAGUAAACUGGAUAAAGAAAUGAAGGAAUUGCCUUAAGCACUUUAGAAGAAGAAUUCUUUUACAAUUCAUUUUGACUCUUUGGACUGACUGUCACAUACAUCUUUAACUUUUCAUAAAUAUGUAUAUACCAAGCAUUUACUAACUGAAUAUACAUACACAUUUAAUAUACAGUAAUUCUUUGAAUGUUCCAGGUGUAGGUAAACAAAUUGAAAGUAUUAAAGGCGUGCCUGUCUGUACAUGGCUUUAACUGAUGGCACCUGUACCAUUUUGACAAACCAUGAACUGCUGCUGUACAGCUAGACUUGACCGAAUUUGUUCUGCAAUCAUUUUUUCCCCAUGUUAUCAUCUAAAGAGACAUACUGGCUUGGCUUUAUUUGCUCAUUUAUGAAAUUAAGGUGUGUACAGUAUCGUGUAUAAUUUGAAUUUUUGAGACUGAUCCUUGGUGGUAUAAAGAAUAAAUAAUUUGUAAUGAAAUCUUUUAAUUAGGCUAAGAUACUCUAUUCCAUGACUUACCUAGAAUGAUUAGUUUUUUUAUAUAUACUUUUCCCAUAAAAUUAUUAAGUUACUUAGAUAGUGUCUUUUGGAAACAUGGGAAAAAAUUGGAAAAGGAUAUAUAUGGAAAAUGAUUGUUUCAGAGUAUUAAUUUUAAAGAGACAGUGUAGACUUCUAUAAAAUAUGUGAAUCUAGGCUAAAUAAACUACAGACUAUAUGUAAAAAUCAUCAUGAUAAUUCUUUUUAAAAAACCCCAUAUUUGUAAGGUCAGUGUUCAUUCAUUGGCUAAUUCAUACAACAAAUAUUUAAGUGUCUGGGAUAUGACAGUCAUACUUUGUAUUUGGAUUUCCCAAAUUAGUGAAGUGUGAUUUUCUGUGCGUAUAGUAGUUUUGCUGCUUUUGCGUGGUAAGACAUAGUUUGCAUCUUAAAAACAAUGUUUUUGCUAAUAAGUCAGAAAUUUUAAAAAGUAAAUGUUAGAGUUUGUAAAAAAAAUUCUAAUUAACUGCAUAUAAAAUGGUUCACUUAUAUGUAGUCAGUGUGUCUGGAGAAUUUUCUUCCUUGAUUUUAUUUUUACACCGGAUAUAUUCUCUUAGGGAAGUGUAUGGUCAGCAUAAAUUUACUCAACAUCCAAAUAACCAUAAAGUUAUUUGUUAUUUUUAAUUUACAUUUCAUAAUGCCAGUACUAGAGCACUUAUAAGAGAUCAUGAAUGUUUCCUUAAUCAUUGCAGAAAGAUUAUUUCAUAUUCAGCAUAGUUUUAGUUUUGUGUAUAUCUUACAGUAUCAUAUUAUGCAAAUAUUUGUGAUCUUGAUAUGUCACAUAUGAUAGCUUUGUUACCUGGAGUAUUUGAUUAAUGUAAAUACUUUAAGUUUUUUGAGUAAUUUGGAGGUUAAGUGGAUUAUAUUUGGUAUAUGUUUUUGUUGAAAAGAUAUUGUUGGGUAUGCCAUAUAAAGGUUAGUAUUGGCUUAUAAAUAUUGAAUAGAUAUCAGAGAUUGUCAUAGUACUUUUCUCCCCAGACUACUCACUUAUUAAAUUAAAACAGUAUUUGUUAGUUCUGGGUCAAUAUAAGGUCCUGACUUUUGAUUUGUAAUCAUUUGAGCUAUGUUAAAUUGAUAUAUUUUCUUUCUUUUUUUUUUUUUUGAUAUAUUUUCUUAAUGAUACCCGUUCAAUGUAAGUUGGUCCUUGGGAAGGGACAUAUAGAGGAUUUCACAGUAUGUAGGACAGCAGGUAGGUGAAUGUGUUUGCUUUGGCUUGGAGCUUCUUAAGUUUGGGCCAGUUUUAAAAUAAGUCAAAUUGUAAGUGAUUGGUAAAAGGCAUUUUUAUUAGUAUUGGAACUUUUUGGAGAGUCUAAGGGUUAUGAAUAUGCUUUUUUUUUUAAAACAUUUCCAGUAUCUCUAAGGUACCAAAGCAUUGAGUCUAAUUUACCUUUUAAGGAAGACUCUUUAAAAUCAAAUUUAUAACUAAUUCAUACUGUAAGAUAAUAGUAGCUAAAGUUGGAGUAAUUUAUAUUAAAAACCAUUAGUCUAAAUUUUCUGGAUGUAACAAAAAAUAUUUUGGCUUAAUUUCUUUUAAAGUAUUUAAAAUGAAUCACCUUAGCUCUACCAUAUACUAGAUCUGUUAUUUCUACCUAAAUCAUUUAUCAUCUUUGGGCUUCCAUUGCCUUACAUAAAAUAUUGUAACUUCUUCAUCCUACCUCACAGGGCUGUUGUGAGGAAUAAAAUGAAAUGGAGUGUGUGAAAUUGCUUCAACAACAGUAAAAUGCUAUGUAAAUGUAAGGUAUUACUUUCAAUUAAUAAUGGACUUAAGUGUUUGGAUACCUCUAGAUGCCAUUUACUUUGACAAAGCAUGUGUUUAAAGUGGUAUCACCAGGACAUGAAACAUGAUUUUUUUUUAAAAGAAGAAAGCCUAAUUAAAAUAUCCUUUAGCAUUUUUAGUUUAUGCAUGACUUGUGGCCUUUUUGUAUUUUCUCAUCAAGCCUGUUACUCUAUUAAGACUUACAGAACUGUAAAAAUUUUCCCACAGCAUUAAAGUGUGUCAGAGUAGAAUAGUAGCAUAAAUAAAUGAUUUAAGCUAUGUUUCCAUCCCGGCAUUUGCACUUUCAAUUUAUGACUGCUCAGUGCCACAUGCAAAGACUGAAUUUGGCCUAAAUAAUUCUUUCCAAAACAACAGUUUUGGAAUGGUUCAGCAGUUUGCUGUCAUCAGAUAAAUGAUAUAAGGUGAAUAUGCCCACUUAAAACAUUUGACAACUUUUGUUGCAUUGUCAUUUUUUUAAAACAUGAUGAGGCAUUUCAAAACUCUCAAACUGGAUAUCAUUUAGUAUCUCUCCUAACCUACUUGUUUGCUUUAAAUUGAAUUAAAUGGUUUACAGGUUGUCUUGAUCCACAGAUUGUUUGGUGUUUCUAUCAUCUGGACAUGGUUUUGCUAUGCAGUUCUGAUAAUAAAAAUUCUAAUUCCUCAGGUUUAACCUUUUAAGUUAAGGAUGACGAACAUUAAUGGACUACUUAUAAUUAAGCAGUACGCAGUGCUGCAAACUAGUGUUUUAUAAUAAGCAUUUUGCCUCAUUUUCCUUGGAAACAAGACAAAGCUUUUAAAAUGUUUUUUAAAACUUUAAAAUAGAGUAUUCAAAGUGGAGUAACUUGUAUGUUGAAAUGAUUGUAUGUUGUGUAUAGAAUGACCAAGUUAAGUUCUUUAAAAAGCACCUGGAAUAUCUCAUCUAAAAAUUAAACUUUUUUUCCUGCUA